GUUCUCGUAAGGCUAGUGACAAUUCAAUAUACCUUAAAAAGUUAUUAAACGGGAAAUUUACGGUGAAAUACUAAUACAAGAGGACGGUGGGAAAGAGAGGUAAAAUACGACCAAAACGGGAGACUUGACAGACGGUGGACUGGACUGACAAGACAAGAAAUGUUUAAAAUAUCCCUGGUGAAGGUGGACAAUCCAUCUUGCCUCUGGGCUCGGGUCAUUCAGGGUCCAAUUGGAGAUGCAGAGGGCAGAGAACAAUACAACAAACUCCUGGUUCAGAUGAAUCUUUUCUACCAUGAUGCCACUCAGGACAGGGAGAAGCUGAGACCCAAAUCGCUACAGGACGGACAGGUGUGUGUUGUGUACUGGGCGGGGAUGAAGUCCUGGUGUCGUGCAGUGGUUGAGUCGGUCAUCACCAACGUGAUCCCACUUCAUGCUCACUGCCUCCUGGUCGAUCACGGAGAGAGAAUUAUGGUUCCUUCAUGCCAAAUCCGAGUCGCGAUGGCACAUUUCCUUCAGUUGCCUUUCUGGGUGAGGAAGUUCCACUUGGCAGGAAUCAGACCAACAACUCUCAAAGUGGCUGUAUUUGGAGAGAUGGCAGAGCUUGUUCCAUCCAGUCAGUGGGACAGUUCUGCAACGCUCUACCUGCACAAUCUGCUUCAAGCGUCCAGCCAGAGAGACGCUGUGUUGCUUGAAGCCGUGUCUGACUCCACACCCAUCGAACUCUACCUGUCUGUCAGGGACAUCAAGAUAUGUGUGAAUGACGAGUUGGUGGCUAAGAAGUUUGCAUAUUACAGUAGAGACACAACUGGCAGUAAUGGACUGGAUGCAGCGGACCGAAUACCUGUCAUGUUGUCCUCCAACAUCUUAACUCAGAUCAUCUCAAACAAAGCACAAGCUCAAGAACCUUCUGGUAAAAACACAACUACAGACUCAGUGAGCCAACCGUUUGAACCAGUUACCGAUGAGGGAGACGGACGAUCAGAGGUCACAGAAGAACAAAAGUCUCCAAACAGCCAAUGUGGGAACGGCUCAGAACCUGCUGCUGCAGAGGGUGACUCAUCAGAAGACACAGACUCCUCUCUGGCUGAAGGUCUGAACAAACACCUCAGUGAAUUCAGCUUCCUGAAGUUUUUAAAUCCUGAGAACACCCACCAACAGACGCCUCCUGAUGUGGCAGAGAAUGAUGAGCCUAACGGCUGUUUGGCUGAAGAGAUGACUGUGAUCGACACGAAUCAAGACCUGCAUGCUGCCAGCACAGCUCCAGAAACUGAUUCAGAUGAAUCUGUUAAUGAGUGUGGAGCCGCAGCAGGAGAGCCGAUGAGGAAGAGUGCAGAACACUGGGCAUGCCUACGCCUUCUGGAGUGGUUGAACCCAGAGCCUCUCAAUCCCGAUCCAGACAAAACAGAUAACACGGUUUCGCCCACUGAUCCAAAGAUGAGUAGGGUUUUUGUGCACUCGGCCCUCCCAGUAGAACCCUGCAACAGCCUGGAAGACGCCCCGUUAACAGACUCCCUCCGCUGGGAGUUGCAGAGGAAACAGCACCACACGUUAUCUGCAGCUGAGCGCCACAGCUGGCCAGCUGUGGCUCGAGGACUCAACACCAUAAUCGUCUCCCACGACUGUGACCAGCGGCUCAGCUACCUCUUCCCUCUCUUAACUCAUAUCCUGCUAAACUCCAUGUUCUCCUCUCUCAGCUCCAGCUCAGGGCCCAUAGCCGUGGUGCUGUGUCCGGGCUGGGAGCGGGUCCAGGUGGUGUACGACAUGCUGAUGGAGAGCAGGGUGAGCCGAACCCUCCACCCAGUCUCUCUCCUGCUGGGUAUCGCCAAGGACGAAGCCAAACAUGUUAAAAUCCCCCAAAACUGUCUCCUGUUACUGACCACCCCGUUCUCCCUGGUGCGUUUGCUGUCUUGCCACCUCUUCCUCUUCUUGAGGUUGUAUCACCUGGUGCUGGAUGAGGCCGACCAGCUCUUUACUCUUGCUCCUGAUCAGAUGGCAACCAUCCUGCAGCAUUUCCAGAAAAUUUCCUCCAGCAAGGACAAAGCUUCCUGCCCUCAGCAGCUCGUCGCUGCAGCAAAAAGAUGGACGCAUCACAUGGAGGAUUUGAUAGCGAGUCACAUGCCGUACCCCUGCAUUGUUAUAACCGUCCCUGUGGAAGCUGCUCUCUACGGAAAUGUUCAGCAGGUCAUCAGCAUGACUCUGGAGAACAGUAAGAUCUCCGGCAUGCUGGGCAUGCUGGAUUUCAGCCCUGACGUUUGCCAGAAGACUGUGAUUGUAGCAAACUCUGUUCAGGAAGUAGAAGAUGUAUUUAAGGCUGUGAGCAACAAAUCAGCUUUCACUCUCAAGACCCAUGAAGGGUUAACGCACCUGUUUGACUUUGCCAUCCAGCAGUGGGGAAAAACCAUUGGACGUGGCAUGAAUGUUAUUCUGGUGACCACCAACGAGUGUCUGAAGUAUCUCGGCAUCAGAGAUGCAAACUGUGUCGUCCACUACGGAUUUCCAACUUCUCCCAGACUGUUUGGCACCAGACUCUUCUGCAUGGCUGAAAACUACCGAAAUCUUUCAGAGCGAGAUCAGAGCCAGAGCUGCUCUGGUGUCAGCAGGUCAGUGCUGCUGAUCUCAGAGAAGAACAGCCGCCAUUUGGUUGGAGUUCUGCGCUACCUUAAACGCACCAGCGCCCUGCUGCCUCCUGAGCUGCUGUCCUUCGCUGAGGGAGUUACUGCAGCCUGCGAGGACCAGAAAACCAACCGCCCACUCUGCACCUACAUGAAGAGCUUUGGAUUCUGCAGAGAGAACGGUUCGUGUCCUGAUCGCCACAGGUUCAACUCCCAGCUGGAUCAGUCGCGUCUGCCUGAAUCUGGAGUCAUAGAAGUUAUACCUCUCCACAUAAAGACGGCAUCAUUCUUCUACGGCCGUCUGAUCAGGAAGGAGAACAGAAGUUUUGAUUCGAUGGCUUCGGAGAUGGCUUUGUUUUAUUCUGACAAAAAACCAGGAGCCAAGGAGCUGCUGGAAGGAGGGCUGUACGCCGUGGAGGAGGACAACGUCUUCCACAGAGUGAAGAUUCUCUCUUUGCCGGACAACAAUGGGAGUCUGUUUUUCUCCGUCUUGGUUCGCUUCAUUGAUGUGGGGAAAGAGGUGGAAGUAAAGUCUCAUCAGAUCCUUCAGCUGCCGGACGGGUUUCACUCUCUGCCGGGCCAAACCACGGAGUUCAUCAUCUGCAGGGUGAAGCCCGUUGAUGGAGAGGCUGACUGGCACCCCAAGGUCACAAGAGCCAUCAGGCAGAAGAUCCAGGGUCUGCAGCACCAGGCCAGAGCAGUUCUCAGUCUGCACAACACCAUCUUUGUUGAUCCAAUGAUCCGGGUCACCCAGGUUCCAGGUACAAAGACUGUCAUCAAUGAGUACAACGUCCAAACUGAGAUCCUGAACACGGGGAUGGGAGUCAGAAACCCCGAACAUCUGGACCUGCUGAAGGACUUGUGUCGGGAUGGGCUGGUCAGCAGGGAUGACGGCCAAACAUCCACGCUGGAUGAUGGGUUACUGUCUUCGGAGGUCGGGAUGAAACCAGAAGAAGCACUUCUGGCUGAAGCCUUCAGAACUGUUGCUGCUGUAAACCCUCCUCUUGUUCAGCCAUGUGAGCCUCUCCCUUCAGCAGUUUCUACAAACCAGUCCCAGGUCCAGGAUCCAGCUCCUCAAGUCCACUUAGUUUGUGAGCAGGAGCCCCAGCUGGACAUAAAGCCAAAUACCACAUCCGCUGAGAGGAUGGAGAGCAUCAAAGAUGAAGGAGAACUUUAUUCAACAGGAGUUCCUGCCACCUGCCAGAGCCUCUGUCAAAACGGUGUGCUGGAAGGUGAAGAUGAAACCAUCAUCAGGCAGCUUGUUUCCAGUAACGAGACAAAGAGUUUCCACCCCCAGGUCCAGUGGUACCAGACCUCCGGCUCUGUGGUUGUAACAGUGAAGCUGAUGAACCCGGAGAGUCAGCGCUGUGAUUUCUACCCUGACAGAAUCAUUUACAGCGGCAGAAUCGGUGGUCGCUGCUACCGGGCCGACCUGGAGCUGCACCAGAGCAUCGCAGCCGACCUGAGCUGCUGGGAAAUGAAGGCCAACGAACCAGUUCUCAAACUGGUGAAGGAGCAGCCGGGAAACUGGGACAGACUCGUCAAGAACAAGAAUAUUUUUGUGAGUUACAACAUGGAGCACUUUGAAGAGGACGACGACGACGACGAUAAACCGCCAGACGGUCCGUAUUUUGAGGGGAACACAGGACACUGCUGGUCCACUGAUUCAGAGAGCAGCUGCAGCAGCGACAGCGAUUGA